AUGGACAUUACUAAUCCAAUCCCGACUUGCCAGCCGGAUGCGGACGCGUCCGGGCCCGGUUUUUUCACCGGCCGGUGCAUCAUCGUGAACGGUCCGGUCAUCGUGGGAGCCGGCCCGUCCGGUCUGGCCGUGGCGGCGUCCCUUCACCUUCAGGGCGUCCCUUUUGUUAUCCUCGAGCGCUCCACUUGCGUGGGGUCCCUUUGGCAGAGCCGCACGUACGACCGUCUCUCCUUACAUCUCCCCAAGCACUUCUGCCGCCUUCCCCACCUCGACUUUCCCCAAGAAUUCCCAGAAUACCCCUCGCGCGCACAGUUCAUUACUUAUCUCGACACGUACGCCGAACGCUUCGAAAUCCGCCCGAGGUUCGGCGAGGCGGUGAGCCGCGCGGAGUACGAUGACGCUUGCGGGCUCUGGCGGGUGACGACUUGGGGCGAAGCGGAGUAUUUGUGCCGGUGGCUGGUGGUGGCCACGGGAGAGAAUGCAGACAAGGUCGUGCCCGAGUUUGUGGGGUUGGGGGAUUUUGGGGGAAGUGUGAUGCACGCGUGCGAUUACAAGUCGGGAGAGGGUUUUGCGGGGAAACGAGUGCUCGUGGUUGGAUGUGGGAAUUCGGGCAUGGAGGUCUCGCUCGAUCUCGCGCAUCAUGGGGCCUUGCCUACUCUCGUUGUUCGGAGCACAGUCCAUGUGUUGCCAAGGGAAAUAUUGGGACGGUCAACUUACGAGCUAGCGAGCUGGUUGACUAAGUGGGUUCCGAUUUGGAUAGUGGACAGGAUUCUGCUCGCAGCAUCAAGGUUAAUCCUUGGGAGAACAGAGGAUUACGGGUUGACAAGGCCCGCAAUGGGCCCGUUAGAGCUCAAGAGCACGCAAGGCAAGACCCCGGUUCUUGACGUGGGUGCAUUUCCCAAGAUCAAAUCUGGUCAUAUCAAAAUCGUGCCUGGAAUAAAGAAAUUCUCACAACAUGGGGUCGAGCUCGUCAAUGGCCAAAUUCUUGAUCUCGAUUCUGUUAUUUUGGCCACCGGCUACUCGAGCAAUGUUCCUUCAUGGCUAAAGGUGAAUAUAGGAAAGCAAGUUCUUUUACUUUUGUUUUUUGUUAAGGUUUAA